AUGCAGUUGCCACGGUAUGAGAACAAACCAUUCAAGCCACCAAGAAGGAUAAUACCUUCUGGAACUGUUCCUCGACCAGUUCGCUCUGUGGGCGGUUCCACAGCAUCGACUUUUGGUGUAAAGAGAACAUAUGCUCAAACUGCUGAAUUGCAGCCUGCUAGAUCGAAUGACACCAGUGAUAGGAGCAAAACUGAUACAACUAGGAGAUAUUUUACCAUCAUGUACCGAAAAUACACAACCAAGAAGAAUAAAACAUGGAACGGAGAUGGAUAUGCUAUUCUGAUACUUGAUGCUGCUAUUAAAUUGAUAAUCUACAAUGAGCAAGGGAAGCCUCUCGGCUCAAGUACUAAAGUUAACAUUGAUACGCUUUUCGAUUCCAUUUAUACCACAAAAGGUCUUGAGUUCCAGUUGGAUUAUGAAAUAUUUGAUACUGAUGAAAUCAGAAAGGUUAGAAUAUUACUAGGGAAAGAACCUGACUCUAAUUUGAUACCUUCUCAAACUUCUAGUAGCCAGCAAAAUGCAAUAGAUAAGGGCAUCUCCUCAGAAUUACCAGUAUCGCAACUUUUUACUAAGUCUACUAAGAAAUUCAUCUCUCCAACACUAAAAACUAACCCUAAUGCUAGACCUAUCUCAUCAAUGAAUAAGCAAAUAGCGAAAACAAAUAGACCAGAAAAUACUGUUCCUACACAAAAGUUCAGAAGCUUAUUUGAUUGCAAUACAAUUGAGAAUCCACUUAUUAUGAAUACGUUUCAGGGUUCUGAAGUCGACAUUAUAGUGGAUCCCCUUUUAUGCAAAAUGCUUCGGAACCACCAGAGAAUUGGAGUCAAAUUUAUGUAUGAUUGUUUAUUGGGAUUGGAAACCAACCUGACUGCUGAGUCUACUGAUGACAAAUCUUGCCGGCUUGAGAGAGACUCAGAUAUUAAAGGUUGCAUUUUAGCCGAUGAUAUGGGACUUGGUAAAACUCUAAUGACAAUCACAUUGAUAUGGACAUUACUAAAACAAACACCCUUUGCAUCAAAAGUGCAGUGUUCACAACUUGGUGUACCUCUGAGUGGGAUGAUAAGCAAAGUAGUCAUUGUAUGUCCUGUUACUUUAAUUGGCAAUUGGAAACGAGAAUUUAAAAAAUGGUUGGGACUAAACAGAAUUGGAAUUUUAACUCUUAACCCCAAAAACAAUGUGGACAUGGAUAAAAUAAGUGUGAGAAACUUCAUAAAAGUUAAUAGAACUUACCAGGUACUAAUUUUAGGUUAUGAAAAAGUAUUGACAGUCCAAGAAGAACUUCUUAAACAAAAAGAUAAACUAGACUUACUUAUAUGCGAUGAAGGUCAUCGCCUAAAAAAUGGAGCAUCGAAAAUUCUUAAAGUAUUGAAAUCUUUAGAUAUCGACAAGAAAGUGAUUUUGACGGGGACACCGAUACAGAAUGACCUGAAUGAGUUCUUUACGAUCAUCGAUUUUGUGAAUCCUGGAGUUUUAGGAACUUACGCAAGCUUCAAAAAGUUGUAUAUCAAUCCUAUAUCAAGGGCGAGAGAUAUUAAUAACAAAUUCAAUACAAAAGUAAUUGAACAAGGUGAAGAGAAAUCUAAUCAACUUAUAGAAUUUACCAAGAGAUUUAUUCUUAGACGGUCAAACAAUAUCCUAUCAAAAUUUCUGCCUCCCAAAACAGAUAUUAUUUUAUUCUGUAGACCUACCAUUGAACAGAUCAAAGCCUUCAGAGACAUUAUCGAAAAUGUAAGGGUUGAUAUGAAUAACAUCACAUUUAAUACUUCCCUUGGGCUGAUCAAUUUGAUGAAAAAGGUUUGUAACUCUCCAUCGUUGUUAUGUAAUGACCCUUACUAUCAAUCUAAUGUGGAUAGCAAUAUAUUCACAGUUUCCAAUAAAUCUAACAGCUCCGGUAAAUUAACUGUGCUUCUGGAAUUACUGCUAGAAAUCAAAGCUACUUCUCCUAUGGAGAAAGUUGUUAUAGUAUCAAAUUACACACAGUCAUUGGAUAUUAUACAAGGACUCAUGAACAGUAACCAGUUAUCCAAUUGCAGAUUAGACGGAGCAACGCCAGCUAAGCAACGUGAUAUGUUGGUCAACACAUUUAAUAAUAACCCCAACAUUUUUGGUUUCUUAUUAAGUGCUAAGGCAGGUGGUGUUGGAUUAAAUUUGAUUGGUGCCUCUCGCUUGGUUUUGUUCGAUAAUGACUGGAAUCCAGCUGUUGACUUACAAGCAAUGUCUCGUAUUCACAGAGAAGGUCAGAAAAGACCAUGCUACAUUUACAGACUAAUAACAACUGGCUGUAUAGAUGAAAAGAUAUUACAAAGGCAGCUCAUGAAGCAUAAUUUAACCAGGAAAUUCUUAUCCUCAAAUACCAGCGAUACCGGCUCAGCAAAUGAUGAUCUAUUCGACAAAUCAGACUUGAAAGAUUUGUUCACAAUUCAUCAAAAUACUAAGAGUAAUACACACGACCUGAUAUGUAGAUGCGAUGGAUUGGGUGAGGAGUUUGAUGACGAUGAAGAGGUAUUAAAGGCACCUGCAUUGGACGGAAGUUUUGAACAAUGGUCCAAUGCACUCGAUGCUAAAAGAAAAAUGGAUGUAUUAGAGUCACAAAGAACACAACUUGAAAAGAAACUUCUAAAGCAAUGCCUUCUCGAUUAUAAACAUAUAGAUCCUGAUCGAUCCUUAGACCUCUACGAUGAUGUUGCUACAGAGGUAUACAAAAAAGGGAAAAAGAAUAUAACGUUUGCUUUCAUCAAGGUUGGAAAUGUGAUAAUAGAAUGA